AUGAACGGAGGCUCUUACAACUAUGGAUAUGAACUCGGACCAAAUCGACAAUUUCACCAUGAAAUAAGCAGUGAUGGCGUCACAGUUGGAUGCUUCGGAUAUGUUAAUACCGAGGAAAAGCUGCUUGUAACUCACUAUGUUGCCGAUGAUCAUGGUUAUCGUGUUGUUCAAUCAAACAAACCAACGAGAAUCUAUCCAAAGUCGUCUGGUUUAAAAAUAUUAACGCCAGAUGAAUCUGAGAAUUUUGUAAUCAAACAAGGAAAAUUUACAGAUUGGAAGGAUCUUAAAAUGCCCAACGAAUGUCGAUCAUCUGAUCUUGAAGUGAUUUCAGAUAACUUCAAACAGCAAGCGGGACUUAAAGGAUUGCCCAAUUUACCUGAACCUGGUGUUGACGUGAAUUCAAUUAAAAAUUUACCUUCAAAUGAUAAAACAACAAACACAGAAUCUGCUUCGAAUUCAUUAUCUUCAUCACCUGAUAAUGUUGACUUUAGAAAUCCUAAAUAUAAUCAAGAAGGUUCUGACACAUCAGUUGAUGGCCGAUAUGGAAAUGGUGAAGGCCAAGGUAGUUUGCCAAUUGAUUUGCAAAGAUCUGAUCCACAAUUUGGUAACCCAAAUCAAGGUUCAAACCAUAACUAUGGUGGAAGUCAUCAACAUGGUGGAUCAUUUACUCACACUGGUCAUCACGGAACAACUUCUGGACAAAUUAAUAGUCAGCAUCAAGGUUCAUCUCAUGAAAAUGGUGGAAGCUAUCAACAUGGAGGUUCCUUCGUUCACACAGGUCAUCAUGGACAAACUUCUGGAUCUCAUCAGUCAGGUGGUUCUUGGGGUCAACAAGGACAAUAUAAACCUGACAACAGCGGACAAUAUGUUCCUGAUAACAGUGGAAGUUAUGUCCACCAACCCGGUGAAAACGGUCCAGACUCUCCACCUUACGAACAUGUUCAGGGUCCAUCAGGAGGUUCUGGAGGUCAAGGUAAUGGAGGUGGUUACGGACCGAGUGGAGGUUACGGACCUGAUGGAGGUCAAGGACCAAAUGGCCCAGAUGGGCCAGAUGGACCAAAUGGACCAAAUGGACCAUCAGGUGGUUAUGGACCUUCCGGUGGUAACGGUGGCAAUGGAGACAAUUCUGAGAAUUCUCACCAGAACAACAACUGUAAUAAUCCUGAUCAUCAACAUUCAACUACAUCUCGUCCAACUUUUACUCGUCCUACAACAAGAAAGACGACAGUUUUUUCACCGCGCCCAUCAUCUUCUCGACCAACAACCCAAACUCAAUACCCUCAAACUUCUCCAAGUAAUUAUCCAUCAUAUGUGCCGCCUUCAAGUACCGAAUAUACAACAGAACGACCGAAACAAACUUAUCCAACACGACCAAUGAGCACACCAAAUCCAACGGGUUCGGGUUCAGGUAAUCUUGGUGUUCAACCACCAUCAACACGCCCAACAACGCCAAAUCCAAAUUUAUAUGUUCCGGGAAAUCAGCCGCCAUUCUUCAUUAUUCCAUUUCCUUUUCCUUUCGCUCCAACUUGUCCAUGUUACUUUGCUGAACCAAAAGGAAAUUAUUCUUCUCAAAAUCAACAACAAAUGCAAUGGCAACAGCAUAUGGAACAAAAUAAUCAAUGGCAAUCCCAAGUACAAUACGCUAUAGGUUUCAUUCCGGUUUUGUUUGUGCCUCAUUGUUCACCCAGCAAUCAUUCAAAUCAACUUUCCGGUCAAUAUUUGCAAGUGCCUUAUCCUUGUGCUCAAUGUAAUCAAUCACAACGUAAUAGUCGAGGACUCGAUUCAACUGAAAAUUAUUCAUCGAGCGACAGCUUUCGGCAAGUUUUGGCUCAAGCUGGUGUUGACAUUUUCUCAAAUUCCUUGGUAAAGUCACCAAACCGAAAUUCACGAGCAAGAAAACUGAAACGUUUCCGAAAUGUCGAGGAAUCAAACUUCAAUGAACUCACCGAUAAUAAACAAAAUUCAUCAAAAGAUGAGAAAUAAUAUUCAAAUGUUGAUAUUGUUCGUACAAAAUUCAUACAUUGAGUUUGGAAUUUCCACAUGAAAAUAUUCAUUUAGUCUCCAUUUCUAAACUGUGUAUUAUGAAACAUAAUUAUGCGCAUAAAUGAGCUAGCAAAAUUUUCAUUUGUCGUGAUUAUAAUGAUGUAAGCUUUUAGAAUUUAAUGAAUGAUGUAUGAGAUAAAGUUUUCAAUUAUUGCUGUGUCUGCUUUUUGAGCUUCAAGUGGUUGGAAGUAGAGAAAGGAAGAUGGAACGUUGAAAACUGUAUCUUGUACCAAAAAGAUUUCUUUUUUGGGGUGGAUUGUAAUAAUGAGAUUAAUAAUAUGUAAAGCGAUGUUAUUAUAGAAACAAAAAACAAUUUCUAAGGAUAAAACUUGAGUAUUUACUUUCUGUUGUCUUCUGAAUUUAUGGAAAUAAAGUUGGAAACUUUUAU